CCCACGCAUCCCCCCCCGCCGCUCACCGCUCACCAACCCUUUAUCGUUCGCCUUUGACCUUUGACAUUCUCGCUCCUCGCAAUCCGGACCGGGCUGACCUUGCACCAUGCACCUCAUGUACUACCUGGAGAACGGCAAGCGGGUCUACACGCUCAAGAAAGCGAAUCCCGCCGGCAACCUGACGGAGUCGGCACACCCGGCACGCUUCUCCCCCGACGACAAGUUCUCCGGUGCAAGAGUGGCAAACAAGGCUCGAUUCGGGGUGCUGCCUACACAGCAGCCGCCUAUCGUUCUCUGAUUUGACCUCUCUCUCUCUCUCUCGCAUGAGAUGGAUGUGAUUGGUUGGGCGAGAGGCCGUUUCGGAGCCAGACGUAGAAUCUUGCGCAAAGUGUUGUCCAAAGGGUGGGCGUUGUGUAUAGCGUUUAGUGUAGUAACAGGUCGGAGGCGUUUUUGAUGAUGUUUUGUGUGUGAUUGGGUUGUUGCUGGGGCCUCUGUGCCGUUGCCCUUAAUGUCUCUUUUCUGUCGAUUCCCUUUGCGUUUGGCCCGUCCGGUGCUCCCGGCACGGCUGGGGAUGACGCAAAGACACUAUUCGGGGCUGUAUGGACAUCCAUCUCUUGAAUACACAACUUGAGUACGUUCUACGAAGGCAAGGUACAGGACAGCAGUAGUGCGUACAGUACUGUAUCCGUUGAGCGCACGAUGGCACUGACCAUGGUGUCUUGCGGGUGUGAUGCAGGGUCCUCGAAACGCGAGAACUGUGUUUUGUGCCGCAAGGGCAAGAGGUGCAAGGCUGUGUGUGAUUCUGGUGACUACUCUGAUGGCAGCCAGCCGUACUUGUUGUCUGUCAUGCUUGAUGCUGGCAGCGGCGAGAAAUGUGUGCUCUAGCGAGGUCGUGUGUUCAUCUGUUGACCACGGCUUCCACAGCCAUCCAGCCUGAUCCACGCAAGGAAGCCGAGGAUGUGUGUUUUCAAGUUGUCUUAACAACACUCUUGAAUAUUGCCGGGUGGCAGGCAAAAGGCCGACUAAAUCCCUUGGGGCCUUGCAGUACGCGGGGAUGAGCACUAAUACGUACGGUUAGUCGAGACACAAAGCUGCACAACAGCGAGCGUUUUGCUUACGCGGGUGAUGGGGUUCGUUUGUGAUUUCGACAACAAGUACUAAUCGUUUUUCAUAAAACAUUCGGAAGAGCAUUGAUGCACUUUACCUGGGGAAGAAACUCGAUCCUUCGAUCGACGGUUUCUGAGGACGAAUCGAGAUGUUGCCCUGUACCCACUUCGGGACUUGAUUGAGUGUUUCUUGCCCACCUGGCUUGAAAUGCGCACCCGUGACCACAAAAGGCAAGCCAAGCAUGGGAGUACCAACGUUGCCAUUCAAUGCAUACAUGUCUCGGGAGCGUGGGACGAAACAGCCAAAAGUCUUUUGUGUGCGUGUGUCCGGUUUGCUAUGGCGCCAGUCAACAUUACUUAAAACCCUCGGGGUGUUUUUCAGCCGGGGUCAGACAGGAGGCAUGUCAUAGACCACCUUAGGAGCGCAUUGUUGGUUUUAUAGUGACAAGU